AUGGCAAGGAUCCCUCUUACUUCAGCAUCACUCGACUUAGCUUCAAUGGCGUUUACCUGUGUUAUUAAUACGGAAGCUGCACAUCUUCAUAUCCACUGGGCGGAAGAGGCUGAGGGCAAGACAGACUGGCUCAUGGCUGUUGUCAAGCGAUAUCACUUGGAGGAAGAUGACAGCAUCCGAGAUUUGAGGCGAGCGUUACAUAACAUCCUGGAUUGGGGAUUAAGUGACCGCCUAGCCUUAGUGAAAUCCCAAGUGGAUUUGUAUCAAGAGCAAGCAGUGUUGACAUAUGGCCAUGGCAGUGGACCCGCGAAGCGGAGACGAGUGGGGGAGAUUGAUUCAGUCGUGUGA